CGCCGGGUCAUCACAAAGUGCAUGUGCCAUGUUGGGCUCCAACAGCUACUACUUUGUCUGACCGAAUACGACAGUUAUUCCUUGGAGGAUCUCAUCAGUUACUUCAAAGUGACAUAAUUAAUCUUGGUACAGAUAGGUAUAAAUUGAAAACUCAAACCAAAGGAAACAUAGUCUUAGAUUUCGAUAUUGUUUUGAGAAAUUUCUCUCAAUUUGGUGUAGAAUAUAAGUAAACAUGAAAGUCAUAACUUUCCUAGGUCUUACUUUGUUAUCUAUAGUGAUGCAAUUCACUGUGAUCUCUUUUAUUGAAGGAAAAAUAAAACCAGACAAACCUGAUUCUGAUGAUCACACAAUUUUUCAUCAAAACAGUGAUGGAAGAAAUAAUCAAAAACCCCAUGCCCUGUACUAUCGAUCACUGUCAAGUAAUUUACAAGAAAACAAUGAUCCAACAACUGAGUAUCUAAAUGUAUCUUUGUUGAAAACAAUGAUAGAUAUAACAACAGACCUUGCAACUACCACAAUUAUAGAUGAAUUAUAUGAUGAUAACACAUCUUUAGUCAGCACUACUGACGUUAGUUACACCACCACAGAAUUUGAGAAUGUUACUGAAAUUACUCUAUUUGAUAAGAAGAAUAAUGCAACUAUUAAACCAAAUAUAAUACGCAAGAAAAUUUUAACACAAGAACAUUGCAAUUGCAAUUUACUGUAUAAAGUAUGUGAUAUCAAUUGUUGCUGUGAUAGUGACUGCACGGAGUCAGAUUUGAAAAUAUUCAUAUGUGGUGAAGAGACUGCCACUAUGAAUCGAUAUGAUAAUGUGUGCCACUCUGAAAUGCCCAACAUAUAUUGGUAUUACGGCAAUAAGAUUAUAGACAUGUUUUGUAUUGCUAAAACCAAUUUGCCUGAAAAACGAAAUAUCAAAAGACAUAAGCAUGACCGCAAUGUGUUUGACAAAAUUUAUAAGUGGCACUCUGAAGAUAAAUACCAAUCACCAAGCACAUUCACAAAGGAACCGUACAUGUAUGGUGACCAUAUUUGGGUGUUAAAAAAUGGAUCCAUAAAAUACAUGGAUCUGCCAACGCCUGUUUUUAAUAGUUAUUGCACUGGGAGAAAACCGAUAACAUUUUUAAAAGAAGAAACAAUUAAGUGCAGCGUGACAUUAAAAGAUCUAGAAAUGUUGGAAAUUAUAAAAGCUUCUCAAGAAGCUACAGUUGUUAGCGUUUUGGAUUCUAAUAGCAUCAGUUCAACACUGGACUGCUCAACUCUACACUGUACAAAUUGGACUAUAAUUGUUUGUGAAGGUGAAAAAUGUAUUGACUAUAAUAAAAGUAUGCAUGAACCUUCAUGCAAUGAUGUCAAUUGUACAAAUCUUGCUCUAAAUUUUGAUUAUAUCUUUUAUUACUACGAUUCCAAAAUAUUGAAUGCCACAAUAAAAUUGUACAUUCGGAAGGUUCUGAACAUAAUGCCAUUUAUGAUUCAAAAUAUAAAUGUCAGAUUUGUUAUAUCAAACGAAACAACCAACGUUCUAAGAAUGAGUGGGAACCCGGGGUACUUGGAUGGCUUGCCAGUCAUUGUAUCAUAUUCUAAAGAGAAUCACUCACACAACUUCUUCAAAAGCACUUCUUCAGAUAAAUACAUCAUGCAUCUGGAUAAUCCCAAUGGAAUAUGCAGAAUCACAAAUGAAACGAAUACUUACCUCACAUUUAAUACCAUUAAAAGGAUGAAGUGUAGAUUCCAAUAUGAAAAACCAAUAAGAAUUUUUAAUGAUACAAACACAUGUACAAAAAUUAACAAAGAAAUCUCCGAAUUACUAGGAGUAAAAAGAAAGCUUUUUGUUUCUCCUUACGGGAAUCCAUUAAAUCUGGACGAUAAGGAUUGGAUACCUUUAUUAAAUGACAUUAACGAUAAAGAACCUGUUUACGGAGAGUAUAAUGAGCAAGGAUCAAAAUUACAUUGUUACAACAUGAUCACUCGUCUGUCUUAUGUAUUUACUUUCGCCAAUACUGGCGAAAAGAAUCAGAUACUGAGAAUAUUAUCUGCAAAAAUAAUUUUAACUGCUGGCAAUGUAACUUUUAACAUCGAAGAUAUUACUGUAGUUUUAACUAUUGAUACUAUGUUUAUUGAUGAAACAAAACCGACCGUGUACGAGUAUGCCGCAGCACCACAUUUGAACAUUUAUUUACCCAGAGAUUUCUUCUUUCCAUUUCCUAAUAGUAGAUCUAAUAAACUUAAGUACAAUAUUAUUAUAAGCAUAGUAUUUAAUUGUCUCGUAUUUUUAAUUCAGCAAAUAAAAUAA